GUGGCCUGGAAGCGGAGCCCGCGCUCCAGCCGGGUCCCGAUUUGAUACAACCAAAGCUACAGGAGAAUGGACAGUGAGGUUCAGAGAGAUGGAAGGAUCUUGGAUUUGAUUGAUGAUGCUUGGCGAGAAGACAAACUACCUUAUGAAGAUGUUGCAAUACCACUGAAUGAGCUUCCUGAACCUGAACAGGACAACGGUGGCACCACAGAAUCAGUUAAAGAACAAGAAAUGAAGUGGACAGACCUAGCCUUACAGUACCUCCAUGAGAAUGUUCCCUCCAUAGGGAACUAACACCUUGGCUACUUUUCCUCUGCUGAUUGUCUUUUAAAAAAUACAUGGAUACAAAACUG